CCUGUGUGGCUGAGUCCGCCCCUGGCAGGGAGUUCUGGUCCUGGGCUGCAGCGGAGCCCGUCGCAGUGCGAGCAGCCCACUCCUCUCUGCAGUAUGCAUGUUCGCCAGGAGAUCCGCCAAGUUCUCACGUCCCAGCGCACUCCACCGGCCAGAGACCUUCUCCCCAGGAGCUGAGGACAGUCGUGUUGGAUGUGGCAGGCGGAGCGGAGGCGGAAAGCCCGCAGUGACCGCAGGAAUAGACUGUUCCAGGCUGCCGCGCUCCUCUGAACGUGGACAAUCAUGCAUGUGCUCUUCUGGGGCUUGGGGUUCCUGCUAUUCCCUGAUUUUCUGAAUGUAGUUGCAUCUACAAGGAGAUUGGUUUUGAAUUCGAGCACAGUCAAAGAGGAGAUCGUCGUUUAUGAGAUCGUAACGCCGGUGCGGGUGAAUGAAGCCGGUGACCACUUUCCACCGAGCGCGCACUUCAAGAGGAAAAGGCGAAGUUUGGACGAGAGCGCAGCCAAUAUCACGGAUCACUGGGCCUCGCCAAAUAUCCACUACAGGAUCUCUGCAUUUGGACAGAACUACCGCUUUAAUUUAACGCUGGAUUCGGGAUUUAUCGCUCCCCUCUACACUGUGACGGUUCUGGGAGCACCCCGAGGAGAAAACAUAACGGAUUUUACAACCGAUGGGGAGGAGGAGGAGGACACGGAGUUACGGCACUGCUUCUACACAGGGCAUGUGAACGCACGCGUGGAACACGCCGCCGUAAUCAGUUUGUGCUCCGGACUGCUUGGCACUUUCAGGUCUCCAGAUGGGGAAUAUUUUGUGGAACCCCUUCACAGCUACCAAGGAGAACACUAUGAAGAGGAACACACUAAACCUCAUAUUGUAUACAAAAAGGCUGCACCCAAGAAACAGACAUCCUCAGCUUGUGAUACUUCAGGACACCAACAUAGACAUAAGAGGCACAAGCUGAGGAGGCCAGCAGCAGAGGUGACCGCCAUGUCCAGUGAGGCCACGACAUUCACUGCAGGCAUAUUCAGCCAUUUGGAGUCGCUGACUGCCGGGCUGUUUAGCAAUGCCUUGCUCAGAUCAAAGAGCAGCAGCGUUAGACCAUCAAAUGACAGCAGCGAUGGCUCAGGACCUCACAGGAGAUCAAAGCGCUUCCUCUCCUACCCGCGUUUUGUCGAAGCCAUGCUGGUGGCCGACAGGAAAAUGGCGGAGCAUCACGGCAGCAACCUACAGCACUACAUACUCACAUUAAUGUCUAUCGUGUCUUCUAUCUACAAAGACCCCAGCAUUGGAAAUCUAAUUAACAUUGUGAUUGUAAAGUUAGUUAUAAUAAACAAUGAGCUGGAUGGUCCAGUCAUUUCAUUUAAUGCACAAACCACUUUAAAGAACUUCUGUAUCUGGCAGCAGAGUCAAAACAUUUUGGAUGAUAGCCACCACUCCCAUCAUGAUACUGCCAUCCUCAUCACUAGGCAGGACAUCUGUAGAGCCAGAGAUAAAUGUGACACAUUAGGACUGGCCGAGUUGGGGACAGUAUGUGAUCCAUACAGGAGCUGCAGCAUCUCUGAGGACAACGGCCUCAGCACCGCCUUCACCAUCGCUCAUGAACUUGGCCAUGUGUUCAACAUGCCACAUGAUGACAGUAACAAGUGUAAGGAGGAUGGUGUUAAGGUUCAGCAACAUGUGAUGGCACCCACGCUUAACUACAAUACAAAUCCCUGGAUGUGGUCCAAGUGUAGCAGGAAGUACAUCACAGAGUUCCUCGACACAGGAUAUGGUGAGUGCUUACUCGACGAACCCGUUUCUAGAGCAUACAGUCUCUCGCAGCAGCUGCCCGGACGGAUAUACAAUGUCAAUAAACAAUGUGAAUUGAUAUUUGGGCCAGGAACACAGGUGUGCCCUUACAUGACUCAGUGCCGUAGGCUGUGGUGCACCAGUCCAGAAGGCGCCCAACGGGGCUGCAGGACCCAGCACAUGCCAUGGGCUGACGGCACCGACUGUUCUCCUGGAAAGCACUGCAAGCACGGCUUGUGCAUUGCCAAAGAGCAUGACGCCAUUCCUGUAGAGGGGGCGUGGGGAGUUUGGAGUCCUUUUGGUACGUGCUCGCGGACGUGCGGUGGGGGCAUCAAGAUGGCCGUCCGUGAAUGCAACCGACCUGUGCCCAGAAAUGGAGGAACAUACUGUGUGGGUCGCCGGAUGAAGUUUCGUUCCUGUAACUCUGAGCCCUGCUCCAAGCAGAAGAAGGACUUUAGGGAGGAGCAGUGCACUGCCUUUGAUGGCAGGCACUUCAACAUCAACGGUCUACCUCCGAAUGUUCGCUGGGUGCCCAAAUAUAGUGGAAUUCUGAUGAAGGACAGGUGUAAGCUGUUCUGCAGGGUAGCAGGCAGCACAGCCUACUAUCAGCUCAGGGACAGGGUCAUUGAUGGGACGCCGUGUGGACCCGACACCAAUGACAUUUGUGUCCAAGGCCUGUGCAGGCAGGCAGGUUGUGACCAUGUACUGAAUUCUAAGGCCAGGAGGGACAAAUGUGGCGUUUGUGGUGGUGACAACUCAUCCUGCAAAACUGUAGCAGGGACCUUCAACAUUGUGCACUACGGCUACAAUGAAGUAGUGCGAAUACCCAGUGGUGCUACAAACAUAGACGUGCGUCAACACAGCUACUCAGGGAAACCAGAGGAUGACAACUACCUCGCCAUAUCAAACAGCCGCGGAGACUUCCUGCUUAAUGGAGAGUUUGUGGUCAGCAUGUUCAAAAGGGAAAUCAAAGUAGGAAAUGCUGUCAUUGAGUACAGCGGCUCAGACCACGUCAUUGAGAGGGUCAACUGUACCGAUCGCAUUGAGGAGGAGAUUGUCGUUCAGGUACUAUCUGUGGGGAACCUUUACAACCCAGAUGUCAGGUACUCGUUCAACAUCCCCAUAGAGGACAAACCUCAGCAGUUCUUCUGGGAAGCUUAUGGGCCCUGGCAGGAGUGUAGCCGGCCGUGCCAAGGAGAGCGGAAGCGAAAGAUUCUUUGUAGCAGAGAGUCAGACAGGGUUGUGGUCUCAGACCAAAGAUGUCAUUCAACAGCCAGACCUGCCACUGUCACUGAGCCUUGCAACACAGAAUGUGAACUCAGGUGGCAUGUGGCUCGUAAGAGUGAGUGCACAGCGCAGUGUGGCUUGGGAUAUCGUACUCUGGAGAUAUACUGUUCCAAAGUCAGCCACUCAGAUGGAAAGACCCAAAAGGUUGAUGACCACUAUUGUAGCAAUCAGCAGAAGCCUGAUGACAAAGAAGCAUGCCAUGGAGACUGCAACCUAGGUGGUUGGGAGUACUCACCCUGGUCCGAGUGCUCCAAGAGCUGUGGUGGAGGAACCCAACAUCGAGGGGCAGCCUGUCGAAAGGCAGCAGAAGCUAGAGGUGAUGAGAGCAAGUGCAACCAAAGGGACAAGCUGACCGUCCAACCCUGCAAUGAAUUUCUAUGUCCACAGUGGAAGAGUGGUGACUGGUCUGAGUGCCUUGUGACAUGUGGGAAAGGAUACAAGCACCGUCAGAUAUGGUGUCAGUUUGGUGAAGACCGUCUAGAUGACCGGUUCUGUGGCUCUUCUAAACCAGAGUCAGUGCAGACGUGCCAGCAGCAGGAGUGCGCCUCUUGGCAGGUUGGACCCUGGGGACAGUGCACUACCUCGUGUGGGCCGGGAUACCAUAUGCGAGCUGUGAAGUGUGUGGUUGGCUCUUACGGUGCUCUCAUGGACGACAUUGAAUGUAAUGCUGCCACCCGGCCCACUGACACCCAGGACUGUGAACUGGUCCACUGUCCUGGCAGCCAUCCUGUUCCCCCAGGAACCAAAGAUCCCUCUCACCAAAGCCACAAGACACAGUGGCGGUUUGGUUCCUGGACCCAGUGCAGUGCCAGCUGUGGCAAAGGGACGCGUAUGCGGUACGUGAGUUGUCGUGACAACCAGGGCGGUGUGGCUGAGGAGUCUGCAUGUACCCAUCUACCAAAGCCCCCUGUCAGGGAGGUUUGCUCCGUGGCCACCUGUGGACAAUGGAAAGUGCUGGAGUGGACAGCGUGUUCAGUAACCUGUGGUCAGGGGAAGAUGACACGGCAGGUACUGUGUGUCAGCUUCAGGGACCAAGAAAUAAACACUAGUGAGUGUGAUCCAGACGAUCGUCCUUCGACAGAGCAGGAUUGUGCUAUGUCUCAGUGCCCGUCCCGUUCCAGUGAGUCCCGACCUUUCCCGUCCUCACCAAACAACAGCAUCAGGAACCAUCUGCCUCAUAGCCAAACCCACCAAUGGCGGACCGGACCAUGGGGCGCGUGCUCCAGCACAUGUGCAGGAGGCUUUCAGAGGCGUGUCGUAGUGUGCCAGGAUGAGAACGGUUACUCGGCCAACCGUUGUGAGGAUCGCACCAGGCCCAGUGAGCAGCGUUCCUGUGAGUCCGGACCCUGUCCACAGUGGAUCUAUGGCAGCUGGGGAGAGUGCACUGAGCCAUGCGGUGGUGGGAUAAAGACAAGGUUGGUGGUAUGUCAGCGUCCAAAUGGAGAGCGUUUCAGUGAUCUGAGCUGUGAGAUCCACGACAUACCUCCAGAUCGUGAGCAGUGCAAUACUCAUCCAUGCCCAUCUAGCCCCCACUGGAGCACAGACCCAUGGAGCUCGUGCUCAGCCGACUGUGGCAGAGGCUUCAAGCACCGUAAAGUGAGCUGUGUGACCCGCUCAGGCCGCCCCAUCCCAGAAGAGAACUGCCACCAUCUGACCCCCAGGCCCAGCAAACAGAGGCGGUGCCGAGGUGGAAGAUGUCACAAGUGGAAAACUGGCAGCUGGGGAGAGUGCUCGGCGUCAUGUGGUGAUGGUAUCCAGCGACGAGAGGUGCUGUGUCAGGCCGGAUCCCGGAGGAGUCUGCUGGAGACAGACUGUCCUCAGCGCUCCCGGCCGACGUCCAGCCAGAGCUGCCGGGUGGCGGACUGCCCUUCUCGGUACCGCUGGAAAGAAGGGCAGUGGCAGACGUGCAGUAAAUCAUGUGGAUCAGGCCACAGACGGCGAGCAUUGAAAUGUGUGGAUCAUAACCAGGGAGAGGUCCAUGAGAUGUACUGCGUCAACCAGAUUAGACCCCCGAGUCUGGAGCGUUGUAACACCCACGCUUGUGACUUUCUCUGGGUCACAGGAGAAUGGACUGAGUGCUCGGCCAGCUGUGGUCAGGGCUACCGCCAGCGUCUGGUCUCCUGCAGUGAAGUGCAUGUGGAGAACGAUAGCUAUGAGUAUGAGCAUAAGUCUUUGUCCAACUGUCCUGGUUCGCCCCCUGAGAGCUUCAUGCUUUGUAAUCUGGGCCCUUGCCCACUGCCACAGGAGUGGGUGGUUGGACUCUGGGGACCGUGUUCAGUGAGCUGUGGGAACGGAGUGAUGGAGAGGACAGUGCAGUGUGCGUCAGCCGUUGGUCAGGAAAGCAGUAGAUGUUCUCCAGACACAUCGCCAGAAGCCAGAAAAGUCUGCAGAAAUCCAAGCUGCCUUUUGCCUUCAAGCUGUCAACAAGUGAAGAACAUGGAUAGCUCCAGUGCAGAUGGUGAACACUUUCUAAGCAUUCAGGGAAAAUCACUGAAGAUCUACUGUGCAGGAAUGCAGACAGAGAGGCCAUGGGAGUACAUCACCUUGGCAACUGGAGAAGAGGAGAAUUUUUCAGAAAUAUUUGGCUUCAGGCUCAAUGACCCCACCCAGUGUCCAGCCAACGGCUCCAAGAGGGAACACUGUGACUGUCGGAGAGACUACACCGCCGCUGGCUUCACCAUCUUCUCCAAAGUCCGCCUGGACCUCAGCAAGAUGCACAUCAUCACUACAGAUUGGCAGUUUGCGUUCACUCGUGAAGGCAAGAGAGUUCCAUUUGCAACAGCUGGAGACUGCUAUAGCGCCACCCAUUGUCCACAGGGGCAAUUUAGGAUCAGUCUCUCUGGAACAGGUUUUCAUGUGGCUAAGGACACCACAUGGAUCACCCAGGGCAACUAUGCAGUGGCUGAUGUGCAUAAAUCUCAGGAUGGCAGUCAAGUAUCAGGAUUGUGUGGAGGCUACUGUGGUAAAUGUAUUCCGUCCUCUGACUCCAGCCUGCCUGUAACUGUGGAAUAAACUCCAUCAAACAGUUUUCAGGUGUUCACGGUGCAGAGACAUCAGUGGCACUACAAGCAGUUUUCGAGUUCCAACCCGUCCCUUACACAUAACCUCGUUCACUUCAGUCUUUGUAUAGUGUAAAUCAAUCUGCUGUAUACUACUGUACAUAAAAAGACUUAUUUAUUUUACUUUCCAUUUAUUUUUAUACUGUAACAUAACUUAAGGUUUUUCUUUUUCAUACCAAACAGUGCACACAGUGUCUUGUAUCAGGUGUUUGCCAAACUAUGCCUUUUCGUUGCCAUUUUGACUUUUAACUCUGUGAUUGCAUGUGCUACAGCGCCAUAUGUUAGUUUUGGACCUGCUCAGUUUCAUCUGAUGACAUCACUGCCCUGAUGGUCAGGAGUCUUAUGGUUCCCAUGCAGUGACAUGUUGUCAGGGAGUGUUCAAAAAGCACACUUGCACAGUUACAGUAAAUGCCUAGUAUAACCAACAUUGCCAGACUGGGCAUGUUCCUGCCCAAUUAGGCUCUUCUGAGAACCACAUUUAUUCCGCGGGACAACCCAUUCUCCUUGCAGUGAUGGGAUGCUUCUCAUUGCAUCUUGAAAAGGAAUGAAGCGAACACGCUGCUUGAAAGAGUAUUUUCCACCUGAUGUUCCUGAAUAUGCCACAUGACAGUAAUAUCAUGACAUAGCCCAUAAUCAGAUUUGUUUUUAUCCACGCAGCAAGUGGAAAAAUAUGAAAAUUUGUAACUUUCGUACCACUGCCCGCUGUGAUCAUAUCUGCGGUGUAUGGCUGUUGCUCUCACAGAGAACGGUGGUGGAAUUCUCCAUCAUUCUUUCUGAAAAAAUGGAACAUUUGAUAUACAUUCUGGCACAUACUGCCAACAUGUCAGUGCAAUAUCAGAAGAUGUUUUUAGGAUUGCCUGUGCCAUAUUUGCGGAGAAGAGAACUACAGUACUUGAAUUAGUCAUCAAGCCGUAAGAAUAACUGAGCCUGCUGGAAGUGGAGCUGGAAGAUGGGUUGUCUUAAACUUAUGUUAUGUCUUACCUGUCAGUAGUAUUUGUUUAACCUCCGUUUGAUCCCACGAACUGGGCUGCCUUUGAUUAAAUUGGGUGCAGAAAAUUUGUAUUGAGAGGAUACAAGAAAUUUAGGUUACUUUUGCUUUGUCUUUUGUUUUAUACCUGCAGAAUUCUGUACAAUGAAUCUGAGCUUUCAAACACAUCAAAUUGCUGAAGUAUGCCUUAUAUCGAUCCAGAGGCCCACUGAUGCUGCUGCUGAUCCACAGAUUCUAUUGUGUGAAGCAGAUGAGAGUCUUACUAUUCCUCCAAGAUGUGACACAAGUCCAUCACAAGUUGCUUCCCCAGCCACGUCUGGUACCCAUUAACUGCUGGAUGGAUUGAGACAAGGCACAUUAAAUGUCUUGUCCAAGGACGCUGACAGAUAGUGUGACCAGGAAUCAAACCCAAGAUUACAUAUCGGUAGCCAAACUCCUUAUCCUACUAAGCUACCUCAGUCAAAGCAUGUGCUGAGAGAAGUGAUUUUACUGCACUACAGUCCAAUACCCUGUAUAAAACCAUAAUAUGAUUUAACAUAUUUCUGGAUUGUAACAGAGCAGGUAGAAUGGAAGUGGGAUAAGAACUGGACAACAAACACAUACAUCUGGGUUUGAUUUCCUAACCAUGCUACCGUGCAUCUGGAAGGUAUUCACAGCGCUUCACUCUUUCUGGAUGUUACAGCCUUAUUCCAAAAUGGAGUAAAUUCACUUUUAUCAUUAAAAAUUCUACUCACAACAGCCCAUAAUGACAACAUAAAA